AUGAUUACAGCCAGAUGGCCGUUACACAUCGAAUAUUCGGCCUGUCAGUGUUCAGGCUUACGAUGUACGAAGACUGACAUAUCGGGUGACACGAAAGGAUGUAUUUGUAUUUCAGAUUCUCUCAGUCCGUUGUAUUGUGACUCUGUAGAUCACUGGGAGUUUCAUUACUGUGCUUACUGCUCAAUAAAUGGACUUUGCAAACGUUUUUCACGUUUUAGUCACGAAUCAAAUUGCAUUUGCCGUCUGGGAUCGCAUACAGACUGUUUUGCUGUUGAAACGACAUCUGAAAAUGAUCUACCGCAUACAAAUGUUGUUCGAAUCAGGAGAGAAAACAAGCACCUUGCGGAAAAGGUUUUGAGUCGGUAUGAGGCAAUACUUGCAGUAUACUCUGCAUGUUCAUGUAAAUCGCCUAACGCGCAAUGUAAGGCAACUCCCAGUCUCCAAAAUGGUACAAUGUGUAUGUGCUACUACGAUAAGUCCACCGGUUACCUCUGGCAUUGUUAUCUUCCCCAUAAAUGGGUCGAAAAGAGGUGUACUUGUAAUGCAUAUGGUGAAUGCAAUGAAGCAGUAGGCGAUAAUUUGUUGCCAUGCAUCUGUGUACCAGACAUAAGCGACAAAUACCCUUGCCUGAAAAUACCAGCACCUGAAACUAAUGGAGAGGCUCAAAGUCAAAAAAGCGUCACUGAUCGGUUUGCCAAUAGGCUGGUUAAAGUCUGGGAAAUUCAGACAACAAAAUCACCCGCUUUUGAAGAGGCUGACGAAGACAAUUUUGAUCUUCGGGUAGACUCAGACUUAUCUUUGAAAAUGAAGGCUGCCGAAAAGGUUAAGCACGCUGUCAACAACCUUACUGAAACGCAAAAAGUUGCUCUUUCAUAUGCCAAAGAAGAGUUUAUAACAAAGUGCUCUUUCAACGGUCGCGCAUGUUCUGUUGAAGAGGAUUUCUCAACUUAUAUUGACCCCACGUUUGGGAAUUGUUUCACUUUUAAUUAUAAUGCAUCUCGGAACAUGACGAGUGAAAAAGCUGGCAAUGCAUACGGACUUCGUUUUCAGGUAUUUGUUAAUGUAAGUGAAUAUUUGCCGACUACCGAAUCGGCCGGUGUCAGAAUAACUGUACAUGAUCAAGAUGAGCAGCCAUUUCCUGACACGCAUGGACAUAGUGCUCCAACGGGUUCCGUAUCUUCAUUUGGCAUUAGACUGAAGCGUAUCAUGAGAUUAUCGCAUCCAUAUGGUGACUGUAUAGACGACAAAUUAGCAAGGACCGACGAGUACAUCUAUCACAACAAAACGUACACCACCGAGGGCUGUCAUAGAAGCUGCGUGCAAAAAUAUUUCGCCAACAAAUGUGGAUGUGGCGACCCAAGAUUUCCGCCCUACAAAAAUUUUCCAAACUGCCCAUAUGAUGAUUUUGAGAAAAAAAAAUGCCUACGCGAAGGGAUUUUGUUUGUUGCUACAAGUAUGGAGAAGUUGCGAUGUAUGUGCUUUCAACCAUGCAAGCAGCAAGUGUAUUCUGUAUCUUAUUCAGCGUCGAGAUGGCCUGCCGGACCUCGUUCAAUGCCUGAUUGCAUAUUCUCCCCAUCACCGGAGGACUGUUUAAAUUACUACAGAGAACAUGGAGCUCUUAUAGAAGUUUUCUUUGAACAGCUCAACUACGAAUCCCUUUUUUCAAAUCUCCUAUCUGACUUUGGUGGUCAGUUUGGUUUAUGGAUGGGUGUCAGUGUGAUAACUUUAAUCGAGUUUGGAAUUCUUGCGGCUGAGGUUAUCAUGAAAAUAUCAUGUUUUGGCCUACCACUCAGCAAGCACCAGACUCCAGAUCUGAAUGAACGCAUUAAUAUGGCGGAUGGUGACGCCAAGAUACUGCCGAAGAAGGGCAAGAGAACGACUAUCCGAACUGGGAGAACUAGAGAGAAAAGUUAA